AUGGCCGCUUCUUUACCACACCCAAAGAUUGUUAAGAAACAUACCAAGAAAUUCAAGCGUCAUCACUCUGACAGAUAUGAUAGAGUUUCUGAAAACUGGAGAAAGCAAAAAGGUAUUGAUUCCGUUGUUAGAAGAAGAUUCAGAGGUAACAUUAGUGAGCCAACUAUUGGUUACGGUUCUAACAAAAAGACCAAGUACUUGUCUCCAUCUGGUCACAAAGUUGUUUCUGUUUCCAACAUCAAAGAUUUGGAAUUGUUAACCAUGCACACCAGAACUUUUGCUGCUGAAAUUGCUCACAACGUUUCUUCCAAGAACAGAGUUGUUAUUUUGGCCAAGGCCAAGGCUUUAGGUGUUAAAGUCACUAAUCCAAAGGGUCGUUUGGCUUUGGAGGCUUAA